AUGGAUCCCAAACUCAUCACUAUUUUCGGUGUUACUGGUAACCAAGGAGGGUCGGUCGCCCGUUCAUUGGUGAAGAACAAGGCAUUUAAUGUCCGGGGAAUCACCCGAAAUCUCGAGUCAGAGUCUAGCAAUGCGCUCAAGGCUCUUGGAGUAGAGAUGGUUCAAGCAAAUGGUUUCAAUCUUGAUCAGAUGAAAACCGCAUUCCAGGAUACUUGGGGUAUCUUCUUGAAUAUCAAUUCUGACGAUAAGAUAUUCGCAAACCAAGAUGGUCCUUCCGAGUUUGACAUGGGUAAAAUCAUUGUGGAUGCUGCGGCGGAAGCGGGAGUACAGCACAUUGUGUUCAGCUCGGGCCCUUCAUGCACCGAGAUGACCAACGGGAAGGUUUCUAUGAAAGCUAUGGACAUGAAAUACAAGAUCGAGCAAUACAUUAAAGAUCUUGAUGUCUUCAAGUCUGUGAUUCCUCUCGGAGCAGCCUGGUUUUUAGAAAACUUCUUGAGCAAAGAAGCUGCCCCAAUAUUUGGAGGGUUUCCUUUUUUCCCUAAUGAUUCUGGCUGUCUGUUCUUUCGCACUCCAUUCUGGGGUGGCAAGGAAGAUGUGCCCUGGAUAAGCAUCUCAGAUGAUUUCGGUGAUAUCGUGCAUGGUGCAUUCCUAGAUCCGGAAUCCUGGAACGGCCACUUCAUUCAUGUCCUUAGCGAUAUCCGCAGCUUCCCUGAGGCUGUAGCAGAUUUCCAAGAGGCAACAUGCCGUGAAGCAAGAUGGGUUCCCAUACUCCCAUCGUGGGAGGAAUUUGACACACAUGGCAUCCAUGAACUGGAAGAUGUUAAGCUCAUGUUCGGGUUUACGCAGAUUACGGGGGGGAUGUAUUUUGGAAGUCCAACCGAACGUGAGACGGCUCAGAAAUUGAAGAAGGCAACAGCAAUUGCAUUAGGAUAUCCAGAGGAUAAACACGCCCUGGCUUCCCUUAAGGACUGGUUCGCAGCUCGGUUCGGCAAUAAAGGCUAA